CAAGCGAAGACACCCUUGCCAGGUGUACAUUGAUACGUUACUCAACCGACGGUCUGCAAGGUCGUUUCGCUGUGCAUCAUUGACGAGGGGGAUUGACCGAGCUCGGCGCACGAUGACUGGGGUGCGGGUUUACUUUCGUCCGUCAUGACUCAACGUCUCAUGACCUUGCCGAGCUGGGCAGUAUACAACUUCCCACGCUCUCUGCAUUGCCCAAAUCGACUUACCGUACCCUUCCAUCAACCACAAAAACAUCAACGCCGCCUGAAGUCUAAAGAAGUAAGUCACAAUGGCCCCGCCCACCGACUCCUCCUCCGCCAUAUCCGCCAGCCCGCGCGUGCACGCGCUGCUCGCCCGCCUGCACGCCGCAUCCGAGUCGCAGGAGAAGUCGCUCUCGCAGUCAUGGUUCUACCUCAAGCGCCUCCUCACCUUCUACCUCUUCUCCACGCCCUGGGCCGCCGCGGCCGACGACCACAUGCGGGACAAGUUCGUGGCGCUCGAGCAAGACAAGUGCCACUUCAUGUACCUGCUGGCGCGCAGCAGCGGCGCGCUGAACGUCGUCGAGGCCGGCACCAGCUUCGGCGUGUCGACCAUCUACCUGGCGCUGGCGGUGGGCCAGAACGUCGCGGAGCAGAAGGCGCUGGGGAGGAAUGUGACCGGGAGGGUUGUUGCGACCGAGAAGGAGCCCACCAAGGCCGCGCGCGCGAGGGAGCAUUGGGCUGAGGCGGGGGAUGAGGUGGAGGGGUUUAUUGAGCUGCGCGAGGGGGAUUUGUUGGAGACGCUUCAGAUGGAGGGGAUGCCGGAGCAGGUUGAUUUCUUGCUGCUUGAUAUCUGGACGCCCAUGGCGCUGCCCACGCUCAAGAUCGUCCAGCCCCGGCUGAGAAAGGGGGCGAUCGUCCUCGCCGACAACACCAGCAUGGCACGGCCGAUGUACAAGGAGUAUCUGGACUACAUCCAUGACCCGGCGAAUGGUUUCAAGACAACUGAGGUGCCGUAUGCCGGCGGCCUUCAGAUGUCUGUGUAUCUUCCCGAGAGCAAUUAGCAGCCAGUAGCUGGCUCCUUCCUUUGCCCGGCGCAUGUUUUGAGUGCAGGGCGGGGCAUUACGAACAACAAAAGUCCUCGAUCAUAGCUGUGCCCGGUCUCUGUCCUUUGUCAUUGUCACAAGGGGAACACAAGUGACCUGGAACAGAUCACUGCUUUCCACGUUAAGUUUCAGCUCUGUGGAUGUUGAGCUCCGCAUGGUUGUGGAGGUAAGUGGUUGCGUGCAGCAGUAACGGUGUGUGGGUGCUCUCUGGGGAAGUGUUGCUGCCUGGAGUACAUUGGGCUCAAUGAGGAGCGCAGCCGAGGUUACACAUCGCUAAGCGGGAGCUGUGCUUGGCUCGAAGAUGUUCGUGGGUGGUGCCUUCUUCGGUUGCCUGCAUAUAGUUCAAUAGUACAAACCAUUGGUCACCACAUGUCGAC